GGUGAGUUGAUUGUGGUGUACAUAGCUGCCUUCGUUUUCUACGUUUUUUCUUCGUUUUGUCUUGCAGAAAUGCAACGAAAGAUGCACCGAAGUGACUUGCGCAUUAACACCGUGCCUGUGUCAGGGUUGCAGUACUCCACCUCCCCCUCGCUGCCCACUGCCGUAAAAGCGGUGAGCUUCGGACGUGACAACAGCGCAGCCCAGAACUCGUCUUUUCCGUUGAGCAGCCCAAAUCCUUCCGGCUGCCUCGAUCCCCUUCCACGCAGCACAUUAGACCUGUAUGAUAAGUUCUACAAUUCCUUGCCUGGCACAGAGCCGGCGCACCACCGCAGCAGCAGCCAGAACAAGAACAACAGCGAAGGCGGCGGCACUCCUCAAACAACCUGGUCUGCAUCCCUCACGUUGCCGGAGGAGCUCUCCGGCAUUGGCCCCUCCGCUCGCCGUUUACUCCAGCUCGACGAAGCGCAACGGAAAGUGGAAACAGCGCUUCAGCAGCACAUCUCUCCUGCGAAGUACAACGGCGAAGGUGUGGACACGGAGAGCAUUCCUUGCGGGGGCCGCCUACCGCCCCCAGCCGCCGCCGCCGAUGGGUCGAGUACCUGGACACCGUCUUUUACGGCGCAGCACGUCUCGCGCACACAAUUCUUGCCUGCAACGGCGCGCACCAUGCCGAUCCCCUCCGGAAAGAUGAAAUCAACGUCUUCGUCGUCCCACGCACGCGGCGCAAAAACGGUGCACCCCACCACCACCACCACCACAGCAGGCGCACUCCCUACCGCGGGCAAUGCCACGCUUACGUCGGCGCAGCUCUCUCUGAAACAUAAAACACUUCCCGCUACUCCAACGCCGCUCGACGUGCGCCCGCCGCUGCUCUCCUCCACCAUCACCAACGGCGGACUCGGUGGCACGGCCAGCAACAUGACCCGCGCUUCCGAGGCGGCCGCGCCGUCGCUCGUCACGCAGCUGCAGUCGUACAUCCAGCGGGAGUUAAUCCGCAGCAGUUGCGGUGGUGGCGGUACGUCGCCGCCCAGCGCGAUGGAUCAGCUGUGCCCCUACCGCGAGGCUUUCCGUGCCCUCUGCUCCGCCUUCCCUGCGUACGCCUCACUCCUCGCGGACAUUCAGAGUGCGUACGACAACGUCAUCCAGGCGCAGGCGGAGCUGCUGACGGACGCCUACGGGACGAUGACGGUGCGCGAUGUCGAGCGGAGCGUAAACCGGGAGCUGGUGACCACGCUGAACAGCCAAGUCACCGACCUCCAGGCGGAGUUGAAGAAAAUGCACGCCGCCCUGGAGACGCGUGUGCUGGCAGAGGAGCAGGAGCGGCAGAAGUCCUCCCACCGCCGACCUCUCUCCGCUCAGCUGUCGGACAUCAUUGAACUGCGCCGCGAGCUUGGCGUCGCGCACCAGCGCAUCCACGACCUCGAGCGCAGCAGCCAAGGCGAUCUGGAAAAGAUUGUCGUCCUGAUCGGCGCUGUGCGGGAGUGCGAUGGCCGUCUGAAGGAGUACGAGCGCAUUGUCGCCGGCGUGACGGGCCAGGUCAGCGAGUUGGACGAGUUCAAGCGCAUCGCCGGGGAGGCACAGGCGGAGCUGCAGCUCUUUCGCAAGAAGUACGCCGACUACGUCUCCGUCACGGACUUCCAGCUCAUGAAGGACUACCUCGCAGCGGAGCUGGAGGCGGCGCAGCUGCAAACUCGGCGUUGGCGUCGCACCGCCGCCGUGCGUGGGACGCAGUUGGACGUCAUGCAACGCCGACUCACCACAAUGGAAGAGGAGCGGGCCAGCUUUGUAAAAGCGGCCGAAGAGGUGGAGGAGGGUGCUACGGCUUCGCCUGCAUUGACGUUUCGCGCGCUGCUCACGCCGCGGCCGUCGUGGAAGAAGCUGCACGCCGAUCUGCCAGAGCUCGCGGAAUACGUAGCGGACAUCGGCCAGCUCACCACGGCGAACGAUCAAAGCGACGAAGUGGCGAUGGCAGCAGGAGCAGGAGAGGCCGCUGCAACACUGGCGGCGCCGUUGAUGGGGGCCAGGUCUCUGCCGCCGGUGACAGGACCCAGGGAAACCUCGCUGCAGGUGGAGUACUUGGUGGAGCGGGUGCGCACGUUGGAGGCGCAACUACAGGCGCAGCAGCAGCGCCGUCACCCGUCGCAGCAGCCGCAGCCCCCGUCGAAGCAGACCGCCGUGCAGAUUAUCGAGGAGGCGGGCUCCCAACUGCGCGCAGGUUCGAUGCUGAGCAACAGCAUCCCUCUCAUGGCGCCGGACAGCGAGGGGAGAGACCGGAACAGUGCAUCCGUGCGGCCCACAGCAUCCGCCGCCUCCACCACAGCGGCGCGGUCGGAGACGAACACUUCCGCUCGCCGCACCUCGCGACGUGCGCUGCGCCGCUUCAGUGAGGGAUUUCAAGCGUCGGCGAUGGGUGCCCACGGCGGCGGCUUCAUACCGGUGCUGGCGCCUCCACUCGAGCUGCCCCUCGUGGGCCUCGGCUACGGCCCCGAGGUGCCGGUGUACCUGCGGGCGAGCGGCAUUGUGCCGAGGCGCCCCGUGCCGUCGUCCACGAUCGUUUCUCUUGUGUACCACUUCUUUUUGGAUAUUCUGCCGCCGUACAUGGAUCAGCAAGACCAGUUGCGCCGCAGAGACGACGACGCGGUCGAGGGCAGCGGCGGCGGCAGCGGCAGCGGCGACCGCAUCGCGACGUGUCUCUACGAGUACUUGCAGUCCGAGAUGGCGACGCGCGAGGACCUCAAAGACUACGACAACGCCGCGCACCUUAUGAUGAAUUUGAUCCGCGACGGGGAGGGGCGCGAGUGGUUCGGCGACGCGCUGCACGUGCUGCUGUGGACAGUGCACGGCGUGCUGCCGCCCCGCAUCGCUGUCGAUGCGGCGGUGGUCGUGGCGCAAGUGAAGCGGGAUGUGCGGGCACUGAACAAGGACCUGCAGAGCUCCCGGCUGCGUCGGCAGGCCUUGAGUGAGUGUCUGCAGCCGGUGCUAGAGCUGAAGAGCCCGUCGGAGCUGGCGGAGCUGCGGGCCGCGUUGGGCGGGGAGACAACUUUUAGCGUCGACACGCUUUGCAGCGACGGCCACUCUUUUAUGGAGGUGCUGUUCGUGCAGGAGUGCCGGGCCAGCGCGGAGUUGUACGUUAUGUUCUUGUCCGCCCUCAGCGCACGCGCGACGUCGAUGGGGUCUCGCGCGACUUCGGCCAGUACGCGGGCGGUGGGUAGCGCCAGGUCGACGGCCGCAUCGUCCUCGCCACCGCCGCUGCCAUUGCAGGCGGGCGAUCGCGUGGUGACGCUGGCUGAUGUGGCCGCUGCGAUUCUAGAAGUGGAGCCGCUGACGCCUGAAGUUGUGGUGCGCGAGUUGUCCGUCAACGCGGCGACGGCGUCGGCCAAGCAAGACCUCGUCGAAGGACCGCCGUCCCCAACGGCAAGCACAACGGCAAGCGCAGCGGAUGGCAACGGACCCAAUCGGCCGGCUUCGGCACUGGAAAAGGACUCCAUUGUGGUUCGGCUGAGCGAUAUCGUGCGUGCCAUUGGUGCGGCUCCGCUCAUUCGUCGCACUAAGCAGAACACCCCCGAGAACUGUGUGCUUUAA